AUGAGCACAGAGGAGGGAGAGGCGCGUGGAGGGGAGGAGGUGAAGGGGGGCGAAACCCUCCCCCACAGCCACACCUGGGGGGAAGGAGAGCCUCACGGUGGCGGGGAAAGACGCCUGAACCCCGGGGAAGAGAAGGAGGAAGAGCCGGGUGAGGAAGAGGAGGCCCGGAGCUGCAGGGAUGCAUGUGAGGGGAACAACGGGGGGCAUUUCUCCCGCGAGGAAGAGGAGGAGGAAGUGGGGGUUUUGGGGGGGAAAUCGUGCAAGGAGCAGACGAUGCAUUCAAACAGCAGCAGUGAGACCUGCAUCCCCACCCCCAGCUGCAGGAUCUGCUUCCAGGGAGCCGAGCAGGGCGCCCUGCUGAACCCGUGCCGCUGCGACGGCUCGGUGCGCUACACCCACCAGACCUGCCUCCUGAAGUGGAUCAGCGAGCGCGGCUGCUGGACCUGUGAACUCUGCUGCUACCGCUUCAGCGUCAUCGCCAUCAACACCAAGAACCCCUGGCAGGUGUGCGCUGGGAUUGGAGCGUGUCGGGCCCGGCAUCCUCCAAUCACAAUCUUCGGGGCGGGCCAGGAGAUGAGCAGCCAAGGACAUCAGGGCAACCACACAGCUCAUUUACAUAAAACACAGUCAAACAGAGUUAACCGGGGAGGCGGCGGCCGUAACGAGCUGUCAGAGCACUUCCUGCGUAACGGCCGUAACGAGCUGUCAGAGCACUUCCUGCGUAACGGCCGUAACGUCCCUCUUAAUUAA